AUGUGAAUAUUUUAUUUAGAUGAUUUAAACAAGUCUUACAGCGUUCCGGUGUCUAUAAUGACGAUGCCGGGACGCUGGACUUGGUCUGCUUCAGAUUCGUUAAAAACAUGUUUUCUGCAUUUAGAUGGCAUAUUGCCAUAGAUGCAAUACUGCCUUUUAAUCAUGGUAUUUUGAAAUAUUAUAGUGUGUGUUCGUUGACGGAUCAUAUGUGCACCGAGGAGCAUACUGUCUAGAAUGGCGUUUCGUCGCGAUUUAACCUUACAGGGUUGAAAAGGUGUUGUAGAACGACUUUAAUAAACGAGAGUAUGUAUGAACGUAUUUAAUAUCGCAACACAUCAGGAUUACAUUCAUAUUUCUUUCUGUUUAAAGCGGUUGCGUGCAUAUUUUCUUCAAUAUUCUGUUUUGUCUAGGUGCUAUUGAGUCUUUGGUUCGAGAUUGCUGAUUUAUUUUCAACAAAUUGCUGUUUGCAGGAUUUUGUUAGCAUUUAGUCCGCAAAAAUUGUUAUGUUAUAUUGGAUGUAUAAGAAAUCAUAUCCUAUUGCUGUUUUCCCUUUACCCAUCAAGUGAUUACAACUGAUAUUACAUUAUACAGGUUAUUACCUUGUGUAUAUAAUAUAGACGGGAUCGUAAAUCUGCUUGCAUCCUUCUACAUCGUGAAGCAAAUCGGCUGGAAUGCAGUUUUUGGAAUUGCCUGUUAUCGGGGAUAUUCUAAUCUGUAAGUCAUCUCUAGUCAUUACCAAGAUUAUUGUGUCUUGCUUUGUCACUUUUUUACUCUAAAGUGAUGUUAAUCUGAAUGUUUUUAUCUGACGCAAUUUAUCAUCACAUCGUUGUACAUUAUUCUACCUUUCAAGAUGUCUACAUCUCGUGAACUUGUGGAAUCUGCGAGAUCUCGUUAUGAAAAUGCGAAGCGUGCUGCUGAGAUUAACAUAUCAACGCAGAUGCGGCAUUCAUCCAAUUUGUUGAAGCAGAUUCGCAGUAUUGGUGAGUCACAAUAUAACCCAUCAUCGCAGACUCAAUUGUCUUAUGUUCAGUCCAUUAAUAUGUUUAACGGCCCUUCAUCGAAUUCUGAGGCAGCCACUACUAGGUUUAUUCACCAUAUGACUCCAAGCACAACAUCACAAUCGUUAACAUUUUCGCCUCCUGCUAGUUCAAGGAAACAUAUGACUCAGGCUGCGUGGAUUUCACAGAGUUCAACUGUUCAUUCUAAUUUAUCAAAGAUUUCCAAUUGGGAGGAUCCAGUCAAGAUUCCUGAGAUUCUUUUAACAGAUCCUGCUGAUAUACUAUGCGGGAAGGUUUCUGCUUUCAAUAAGGAUGAAUCUGAAGAAAAAGACAAGCUAAGUCAACUCUUGAAUGAUGCAAGUUAUGAGAUAGCCCUCGAGGCUGAUCUUAGCAAUUCCUAUCGCAAUAAGGCUAUGUUCUCUCAGCACGUUGCAUCAUCUCUUGAUUACCAUAAAGGUGCUGGUUCAGCUCAAUCAGAUGGUUCUAAACCAACUCGUUCUUUAGUUGAUUCUAUUGUGGCUGACACAUGUUCUGGUUUGGAGAAUCUGAGUCAUGAAUGGAACGUAACGCGUGCUACGGGCAUACGUUUAUCCGAAUCACAGCCAAGUUCCACAUGCGUCAUGAAGGAUUCUUGUGAUGAAACUACUUUAUCAAGCAUUGACGCGUUAUACAUGAAAACAUUUGGUGUUCGAUCAGGUUUGCUUGGCGAUAACAACCAUACCUUGACACAUGCACUGCUUCACAUCAACGAAAAGGACAAGGCACGUGAAGCUGAGCUUGCUCCUAAGAUGUGUACAUCUCGUCCACCAGUUACCGACAAAACAGCGGUUACAACACCUCCAUCUAACCCACAAAAGAAUGACAGUACGCUUGCCUCGUAUAGCGUUGAGAAAAGCACUCACUCCAACCCUCUUGACCACGUUAAUAUUCUCUCGGAGAACAAAUUUGGCAUUAGUCUUCAUAAAAUGUCAGACUUUAGCCGCCCGAUCGCUAACAUAUCGGGUUCCGGUGGUAAUGACGUUGAAGUUCAAACUGAUGUAGUAACCCCUGAGGAGCCUGUGCCGACUGAUAACAUAAGGUCGAACUCCAAGGUCAAGGUUGUAUAUGCUGGAAGGGAUGAGCACUUUACAGUGUUUGGCGCAAUUCCUCAAAUCACGCAGCCCACUGCUUCGGAGAUUGCUUCGAAUAUACAGGCUGAAGCUAUAGUUUCAACUAUUCAACCUCGCUUACCGGAGGGUUAUAUGUCUGGCCGAUCAUCUCCUGACAUGGACGACAGGAGGUUCGAUUUAGACGUUCGUAGUCGUCGUGAGAAGCACCGUGCUGAUUUUGCUACGCGAGAACAUGAGGAGCAUGAGAGAUGGCGUGCGCGUCACGCUCCACUAUAUGCGCAGAUACGUGAUAAUGAGCGCUGUGGUUAUCGCAUGUCCAUGCUUUGUCGUGGUGGUAAACGUGGCGGCUCUCGCUUGACCCAUGGAUCAUCUCGUUAUGCAAAGGAUGAUUUGGAUAACAGCAAGGUUACAUUGCCCGAUGAAGAUACCAGUUUGAUUUAUGAAUCUCCUUCUAACAAGAUACGUUCCAAAGCUGAGGCUGUAACGCCUCAGCCUGUUACGGCGUCUUUGCCAAAUGCCGAAGUUGACGAUUAUCCUCGUAUGGUGCGUGGUUAUUAUGGUUAUGAUGACGAGCCCGGUGCUGAGGGUGACUCUAUCAACGAGGUGCCGCCUGAAGACUUCUUUGCAAAUAUGUAUUCAUCAAGUUUUAAAUCUAAUGACAGGAUUUCUAUUCAAUCGGGUUGUAGUGAUCCGUUUUCGGAUUUCGAAGGCUGGUGGAACCAGCAUAGUGUACCACUCUCCAGAUUACGGGAGCAGUUGUCGAUAUCAUAGGUAUAUUACACGGGGGUUAUGCUUUCUCUUUAGAGACAUGUAUUGCCUAC